GUUUAACCGUUUUAUAAUGUUCGUUAAAGUGUUAAGUUACUAAACGUAUUCAGUAAAUAAAUGUAAAUUGUUUGAUUCGCUUUCGAUAAUGGCUGGUACACCGUCGUGGUAUAAAAUCCCCUGUGCAGAUAGAAUACUUCAACUGAAAACAACUUUGACUGGCGGUCAGAGUUUCCGCUGGAAACCACAGGCAUCUUCCCAGGACGGAGAAGAAUUUAUAGGCGUAUUUGCCAACAUUGUGUGGAUUCUAAAGCAAAGCAAAUCCCAUUUAUUAUAUCGGAUAAUCGGUGAACUUCCGUAUCCUAAUCUUACCGAUCGUGACGUGAGCAGCUCAACCAAACUUCCCAAGUCGGAAAAAUCAUCUAGAAAAAGUGGCAAUCUGGUGAGCAUUCGUCUUAAGGUGAACGAACCGAAGGAGUAUUCCCGCGCGGGUAAUUUACUUUACCCGCUCAGCUAUUAUGAACAGUUGCUACGCAUCUAUUUCCGGUUGGACGUUGAUUUGGACCGGUGCUACCAGCAGUGGAUUAAAUGUCAUGCACAUUUCGAAAAUAGUGCAGGUCAGUUCUACGCAGUACGGCAGCUGAAUCAAGAUCCGGUGGAGAAUUUGUUUUCCUUUAUUUGCAGUCAGAAUAAUAACAUUUCAAGGAUUUCCGGUUUGGUCGAAAAGAUUUGUACUCAUUAUGGGAUUAAAAUUUGCGAUUAUCAAGGAACACCAUACUACAACUUUCCCGAUGCUGAAUCGUUAGCUUCUCCGGAGGUGGAAAGACAUUUGCGCGAGCUGAGCUUUGGUUAUCGAGCGAAAUACAUUCAAAAAUCUGCUGAAGAAAUUCUUGCUAAAGGUAACUUGGAAUGGUUUCGAAAGCUACAGCAGCUGGACUAUAAGGAAGCUCACAAGGAGCUGCUCACGCUAACCGGUAUCGGACCGAAAGUGGCCGACUGUAUUUGUCUCAUGUCCCUGAACCAUCUGCAGGCGAUUCCCGUAGAUACGCAUGUGUUUCAAAUAGCGCGCAAUUAUUUGCCACACCUGGGUAAGGUGAAAACCAUAUCGGGACGAAUGUAUGGUGAAAUUGGUGAUAAAUUUAGGGAGAUCUACGGACCAAUGGCAGGCUGGGCACAGACUGUCCUAUUCUGUGCUGAUUUGAGACAAUUUAAGGAGAAUGUUGACGUGGGAAAGACACAGGCUAGUGAGGAAGUCUCCGACGAUCAACCGAAAGCAUUUAAAAGAAAGAAGCGGUAGUUACCAAUUCCAGUAAAACGACAAUAAAGGAUUUCCGAAAGUUAAUCUAUUUUUCGAAAAGGGUAAAAGUACAAAGAAAAAGUGAUUUAU